AUGAGCAGAGCCCAUGAUGGAAAUCACAUCAGUUUUUAUGCCUACGAACUGUCUAAACAAGAUCAAUGUGGAAAUGAAAUUAUAAUACGAGAAAUUAAUCGUUAUGAGAAUGGAACUUUACAGAAUCAAUUUUUAUUUCGCGAUAAUACUAACGAUUAUCGUGGUUGUUUGAUAAAUGUUUCGGCUCAAGAAAUGGCACCGCUUUUAAGUUUUGAUGGCGAUGUAAACAAUGAAACACAUUUAAAAGAUCUCAAUCGUUUGGGUGGUAUCGAGGGUGAAAUUCUGAAAAUGGUUGCUGAUGCUUUAAAUAUUAAAAUUCGUUUAAAUUUUCCCAGAGAAAAGAGUUUCGCAAUGGGCAAAAUGUUUAAUGGUUUCCGUUUUGCAAAUCGCAUUCCAGUACCACAAACAAUUUCUCAUCUUAUAGAACAGGAUUACACCCUAUUGGCAUCUUCAUACAAAGGAUAUUAUCCACAAAGACAAACUCAAAUAAUGCCCAACACCACUAAUCGUCUAGAUAUAUUGCAAAGAAGUACUUCGCUAUUAACCCUAUUGGAUCUUUUGGACUGUUUGGCUUUUUACAAUUAUUUGAAUUCAAAUACCAGUACUUUAACCUAUGUAAAAGAGACCAUACAUUCGUUUCCAAGUGUUAUGUAUUUUCAAAAACAUUCCCUGUUGCGUGCAAGUGUCGAUCGAAAAUUGAAAAUAUUCAUCGAAGCGGGCAUUACAUCAUAUCUAUGCUACGGUUUUCCAAUGACAAAUAAGGAACGUUUCUUCUACUUUUUUAUUUUGCUUACUGGGGGCGCCAAUAACGAAGUGGAACGCACUGAAACCCUAUAUAAAAUAUUUGAAAGAUCGCUGGGUUAUAACAUCAGAAAUGUGGUUGUUAUGAAUAAAGCUUUCGAUGGAAAUCACUUCAGUUUCUACGCUUAUGAACUUUUUAACAGCGAUCAAUGUGAAAACAAAAUUAUAAUACGUGAAAUUAAUCGUUAUGAGAAUGGAACUCUAGAGAAUCAAUUUUUAUUUCCCGAUUUUGCGAAUGAUUUUUAUGGUUGUGUGAUAAAUGUUUCGGCUCGUGAAAUGCCGCCACUUUUAAGUUUUAAUGGCGAUAGAAACAAUGAAACACAUUUAAUGGAGAUCAAUCGUUUGGGCGGUAUCGAAGGUGAUAUUUUGAAAAAGAUAGCUGAUGCUUUAAAUAUAAAAAUUCGUUUAAAAUUUCCCAAUGAAGUGAGUAAAAUUCAUCCAUAUCAGGAUUCAGCUGGUUGUUUUGCAGAUCUGGAUUAUAAUUGGGCCCAUAUAGCCAUUGGAGGUUUGAGCUCGACUCUUUUGAAUAGCGAUAAAUAUAGUACUUCUUUAGUUUAUCAUGCUACUCCCUAUGUGUUUGUGGUUCGUAGUGGUUUAUGUUUUGGUCCCAUCGAACAAUUACUCAAUCCUUUAUGUCCCUCUACAUGGAUAUUUGUAUUGAUUUUCUUCAUAGUUGCUACUAUUUUCACAAAAAUAGUGCAAACGAAACCAAAACUAAGAGAUUUUGUAUUUGGACCCAGGAUUAAAGAGCCAAUAUAUUCAAUGUUUGUAAUUUUCUUGGGCUAUUCGCUAUCAACUCAAAUAUUACCAAAACGAAAUUUUGCUCGUUAUCUUUUGAUCUCUUGGCUAUUGAUCUCUUUCCAAGUACGCAAUGGUUAUCAGGGAAAAAUGUUUGACAGUCUACGUUUUUCGAAACGCAUUCCAGUGCCACAAAAAAUCUCUCAGCUCAUAGAGCAGGGUUAUUUCUUAUUGACAGCUUCGCCCACCAAAUAUUAUCCUGCAAAUAAAACGCAAAUUUUGCACAGCACCACUAAACGCCUUAAUAUCUUGCAAAAUAGUACUUCACAAUUAACCGUGACGGCACUUUUGGAUUCCUUGGCUUAUUACAAUUAUAUGAAUUCAAAUACCAGUACUUUAACUUAUGUCGAGGAAACCAUAUAUUCAUAUCCAUUUGUCAUGUUCUUCAGUAAACAUUCCCUGUUACGUUCGACUGUCGAUCGAAAAUUGAAAAUAUUCUCCGAUGCUGGUAUUACUUCGUACAUUGCAAAGAAGAAUAUGCGUUCUAAGUUUCAGAGCAUGAAUUCUGGUUCACAGUUUUCGAGAAGAUUACGAAAAAUAAUGGAUGCUUUGAAUUGA